CGGCGCGGCACAGCACGGACAUCAUUCUGGGAACAGGGAAAUAACAGGAAUAGAGGCUAGACGGGACAGCGACAGAGAUCACUCUCCAAAGUGCAGAAAGGCCUAACAACAUCAGCAUCAUUAUUAUUUUUUUCUCCACAAGACAGGACUGGGGAGUGCGCCCACCGUUUUGCGGGUGUAUGUGCGUGCGUUUGUCUCCCGGUUUGGAUCACGAUGAUGCAAAGUGCGGCGGUCCUACCGACAGAGAGUCCUGUGAAGAGUUUACCGGAGAUUCUCGGAGUGCCACUGCAGCAGAUCCCUCAGUGUGCAGGCUGUAGUCAGCACAUCCUGGACAAGUUCAUCCUGAAGGUGCUGGACAGACACUGGCACUCCAAGUGCCUCAAGUGCGCCGACUGCCAGACUCCGCUGACGGACAAAUGUUUCUCCCGGGCAGGAAGCGUCUACUGCAAGGAGGACUUUUUCAAACGCUUUGGAACAAAAUGUGCAUCGUGCCAGCAGGGCAUCCCUCCGACACAGGUUGUGCGGAAGGCACAGGACUUUGUGUAUCACCUGCACUGCUUCGCCUGCAUCAUGUGCAGCAGACAGCUGGCCACCGGAGAUGAGUUUUACCUCAUGGAAGAUGGGAGGCUGGUGUGCAAGGUGGAUUAUGAGGCCGCCAAACAAAAUGAUGAUUCAGAGGCAGGGACCAAGAGACCAAGGACCACUAUCACCGCCAAACAGCUGGAGACCCUCAAAAGUGCCUACAAAAACUCGCCGAAGCCUGCACGCCACGUCAGAGAGCAGCUGUCGUCAGAGACGGGGUUAGACAUGAGAGUGGUGCAGGUUUGGUUUCAAAACCGGCGAGCAAAGGAGAAGCGUCUGAAGAAAGAUGCAGGCCGACAUCGCUGGACUCAGUUUUAUAAAAGUGUCAAACGCAGCCGGGGAGGAACUAAAGUGGAGAAGGAGAGCUCAGCUGACGACGCAGGACUCAGCGAUAGUGAACUGAGCUUCAGAGAUGACCAGGUUCUGUCAGAUCUCGGCCACACCAAUGGGCUUUAUGGGAGUGUCGGAGAUGUGACCAACACGCUGAAUGGUGGCUUCUCUGUUGAUACGGCAGGACAGCAGUACCACGACAUCCGAGCAGGAAGCCCUUACGGUCUCCCCCAGUCGCCCUCCUCCAUCGCCUCUCUGCCCGGCCACACUCCUCUCCUCAACAACCUGAGCUUCAACAUGGACAGCCUAGUGGUGCAGGGGGGACCGGGUGGUGUGGGACAGGCUCUGAGGGCCAUGGCGGGGGGCCCAACCUCAGACCUCUCCACAGGGAGCAGUACGGGAUACCCUGACUUCCCCACCAGCCCCGCCUCAUGGCUGGAUGAGAUGGACCAUUCCCAAUUUUGAGUCUCAAACGUGGUAAAAAAAAAAAAAAAAAAUUACUGUGGGGAUACAUCAAAGUGGACUCAGAAGGCUUUUUACAUUUCUUUCAAUCACCCUCCACGGCUAGUAUGUUUUGUGACGUUGGCUGAAGAGGAGAAGGGAGAAAAGAAGUGUGACUCUCAGUUCCUUAGCAGUCGUAAUCGGUGGGGUAGUCGUCGGGUUGAGAUGCGUAGUCCGGGCAGAAGCGGUGAAGAACACCUCCACACUGAAUGUUCAAAAUCAACACUGUAUCAUACAAUUUUUUUUCUUUUUUGUCUGACUUUAUUUUGUUCGUUCACUCACUGAAAAUGAGACUGGAUUUCGAAUACAUCGGUGGAAUAUGCUCACGGGGAGAUAAUACUGUCUCAUGCCUUGAAAUAAACCACGCCAUCCCCGUCUGACAGCUACAACAUUAGGGCUAUACAAUCUAGAUCAAAGUCCCUAUGAGACCCAGGAGGCACCUGCAUGCUUCUGAUUCAUACAGAGUAGGACUGCAGUCUGGCCAUAUCAAAAGCCUUUACAUUGGCAAUGCACUUUACUCUCCUCUUCUUUUUCUACAUGUACGGACAGGAAUGUGGGGACAGAAAGACAAAAAGAGGAGAGACAUAUGCACAAGGCAAAAAACAGUGUUUCAUUGGGAGAGAAAUUUACAAAAAGAGUGGCACAAGUGUUAAUUUUGAACCAUACUGAUGUUUUUUUUUUUUUUUUAAACAUAUUGCUCCAACUUACUUAUGAGGAAAUAGAUGAGGAAAUAGAUGACUGUUGGGCUGUCUGUCUGUCUGUCUGUUUAUAGAAGUUCAUGUCUCCCCCUGUUUGAAUGAGGGCAAACACUGUUUGCCAUACAGCGGAUCUCUCGCCUAUAUUUAUAGGUGCUUGACUCGUUCUCAUCUGUGUAAAAGCUGGUCUGGAAGCAGCUGUCCGUCAGUAUUAAAUUAUCUCAGACUCACCAGGAAUAAAAGCUCAUAUGUUUAAGGGAAAGUUGAGACAUAUACAGUUUGGAGAAAUUCAGUUCUAGCAGUUAAAUAUAUCCCACAUGUAAACUGUUAAUCUAUUCACUUGUAUGCAGAUUUCUUUCCAGACACUGAUAAGCGAACUGAAUGAUAAAACAUAAAUUUGACACAGAACACUAACAAGUAGCAGCAGGAACACAGAUGAAAAUUCUCUUUGUGUUGGCUGUUGAGUUUCUUCAGUCUGAUCCAGGCUGCUCUUGGUAAUCUUCUCAGUCCAGCUUUGCCUGCUAUCAACCUACUUACUGACCCCAGAUGUGUUGUCAGCCUGUUCUCCCACUGCCUGGCCUGCAUGUCAGAGGGAUUACCAAUAGUCCCCCACAUUCAGGGCUGAUGCUUUAGUGUCAGUGCUGGCGUGACUGCUGGGCCGAUAUGUUUCCCACAGUUCA